CCUGACAUCCCCUCACCCCCUGUGUCCCCGCGGUGUCCCCGCAGUGUCCCCGGUGUCCCCUCACCCCCGGUGUCCCCGCGGUGUCCCCGGUGUCCCCUGAGCCCCGCUGUCCCCACAGGCACGCAGGUGACACGAGGGGACCCGGUGUUCCCGGAGCAGCCGGACGCCACCGGGACCUUCCCGGACGGGCAGCCCCUGCCCCGGGACCGGCGGGGCAAAUUCGUCUACGUCUGGUGGACGUGGGGGCGGUACUGGCAGGUGCUGGACGGGCCGGUGUCGCAGCUGACGGUGGACACGGCGGGGGUGGCACUGGGCUCCUACGCCAUGGAGGUGACAGUGUACCACGCCCGGGGCCGCCAGAAGUUCGUCCCCAUCGGCCACGCCAGCAGCCAGUUCAGUGUCACCGACCAGAUCCCUCUGUCGGUGGACGUGUCGCAGCUGCAGGACGCGGUGACAAGCGACGGUCGCUUCGUUCGGAACCGCGCGGUGGCGUUCGCCGUGCGCCUGCACGACCCGAGCCGCUACCUGCGCCACGCCGACCUGUCCUACUCGUGGGACUUCGGCGACCAGAGCGGGACCCUGAUCUCGCGCAGUGCCACUGUCACCCACACCUACCUGCAGAGUGGCACCUUCUCGGCCCGCCUGGUGCUCCAGGCCGCCAUCCCGCUCAGUCCCUGCGGUCCCAGCACGGCCGCGGCCACCACCGAGCCCGCGGCCACCACCCCCGCCGGGGGACAGAGCACGGUGGCGGCGGCCAGCACGGCCCCCGCAGCCUCCGGGGAGCCGGCGGAGCCCACGGGGGGCUCGGCAGCGGAACCCUCGGACCCCGCCGUCACCGAGCCCUCUGUCCCCGUUGUCACCGAGCCCUCCGUCCCCUCCGCCACCGAUCCCGCCGGCACCGCCGCCGCCGAGCCCUCUGUGGCCGCUGUCACCGAGCUCUCGGUCCCCUCCGCCACCGCCCCCGCUGGCGCUGCCAGCACCGCGGCUGUCGCCUCCUCCGUGUCCCCCGCUGUCGCCACCGCGGCCGGGGACACCUCUGUCCCCGCGGUCCCCGUGGAAGGGACAGCGGCUGCAGGUGCGGCGACAGACGGAGGCGCGGGUGAUGUCACAGCUGCGGCCACAGCUGGACUGGCCACAGCUGCAGUCACAGCUGCGGCCACAGCUGGAUCGGCCACAGCUGGAUCGGCCACAGCUGGACCAGCCCUCGAUGCCACCGCUGCGGCCACGCUCGGCGUCACGGCUGAUGCCACCGUGGGAGCCACCGUGGGAGCCACUGCUGUGUCCCUGGCCGCUGCCACAGCUGCCGCCACAUCCGGCGCCACAUCUGGAGCCACAUCUGGCCCCACAGCUGGCACCACAGCCCAGCCCCUGGCACUGGUCAAGCGCCAGGCCCCGGCCCAGGACGUGCCCGGCUGUGUCCUGUACCGCUAUGGCACCUUCGCCACCCAGCUGGACAUCGUCCAGGGCAUCGAGAGCGUGGCCAUCGUGCAGGUGGUGCCCGAGAGCAGCGGCAGCAGCGUGGAGCUGACGGUGACCUGCGAGGGCGGGCUGCCCUCGGAGGUGUGCACGGUGGUGGCGGACGCCGAGUGUCGCACGGCGGAGGCGGAGUCGUGCUCGGCGGUGUCGCCGUCGCCGGGCUGCGAGCUCGUGCUGCGCCAGGACUUCAACCGGAGCGGCCUCUUCUGCCUCAACGUGUCCCUGGCCAACGGCAACGGGCUGGCCGUGGCCACCACCCGCGUGGCCGUGGGAGGAGCCGCCCCUGCCAGCGGUCGCACCACGCUGUUCCUGGGGCUCGUGCUGGUGGCAGCUGCCCUGGGCACGGCCGCGUACACCUACAGACGAGUCAAGUCCCCUGCGCUGUCCCCAGCGCUGUCCCCCGUGUCCCCCGGCCGGCCCCGGGCGUGGCUGUCCCCAAAUGUCACCGUGCGGCGGCUGCUGCAGCGCGCCCUGGGGGGGGCCCCGAGCGGCGAGAGCAGCCCCCUCCUCCGGGCCCGCUCGGUCUAGGGACCCCCGCCCCAAAACCGGCCCCCCAAAACCCCCCCCGGAGUUGGGGACGGGCUUGGGGACACGCGUGGUGGCCUUGGUGGCACCGGGAAUAAAGCUGCGAUGUGCCCAC